AUUGAUCGAGUUACAGCCUGUUGAAAAGUCAGGUAACCUUGCGGAGCGCUGCGGCUUAUAUGCGUGUCGUCCUCUUUUGGGUCUUUGCAGCUGCUCUAUUAUUUUUUUGUUAUAUUUCUACGUGGCUACCGUUAGGCAGUGAUGGAUUUUGGCAAGAUAUUCGCCGUCCCAGGAAUUUUCGCAUGCGUAAGCGACGUCACAACUAGAAAUCAGCUGCGUUCAGAAAUGUAUCUAGAGUGCAGUAGUAGGUACUAUAAGGUGGCUCUUGUAUUGUUCUCAUGUGUGUUUAUAAACAAGUGUCAACGUGUACUGAGUGAAUAGCUGAAAAAAUAAUAAAUUUGUUAGAACAAAGAAGAUGGAUGAUCCGCAGCAGCCGACAUCAAGUGGCAUCGAAAAAAGGAGCAAGAAACCAAAAAGGAGAGUAUUCCAGUAUUACAGUAAAUAACAAAUAUGUCAAUUUCCUUAUUAUUAUUCAUAUUACUUGCACUCUAUUCCUAUCAAAGCAAUUUUCCUUCCUCCUGCUAAUUCCUUCACAUUUCUUUUCUCGCAGGGCCCUAUACCUCAGAUUCGACGAAAGUAUAUACGUCAGUGAGGACUCCGAGCGUUUGCUCUGUACGCAUGCGCGAGACAUAUCUUGCUAAAAUCCAUCACUGCCGUUCGGACGUUAGCUAGGUCAUUUUCUCAGUUUUUACUUCAGUAUACUUCGAAACGUUGAAGUGGUAGAACGUUCUUCAAGUUUUCGAUUAUUUACAAUUAUUUUUUCGGUUUUGCAUCAUGUUCCUUAAUACGAAAAGAAAUAAAGCAAGUAAUGUGCAGCCUGAACAUAAAUCCAAGAAAAGAAUAUUUUAUGGAAAUCGACAUACAAAUGAAACAGAGGUGUCGUUCGCUAGUACUUCCGCAAAAAAACUGAAGAAUAAAGACGAUUUUGAAAUCACAAUCGAUGCCAUGAAUGGAUAUCGAAUUAUACACUUCAUGUUUGUUUUUAAUAUACUGAAAACUUUACUGAAGUGUAAAAAAUGUGACAGUGAUGUACAUUUUUAUGUGAGAGGAGAACAAGGUUUGGGAUUUAAAAUUAUUGUUGAUUGCGAUUGUGACUUAACUGAAAUUGAUUCUUGUCCCAAAAUAAACAAUAAAUCGUUUGAAAUAAAUCGACGAAUGGUUUUUGCAAUGCGUCUCAUUGGAGUUGGAUUACAAGGCAUCAAUACUUUUUGUGGUUUGAUGGACUUAGGUCAAGGACUAGCGACCAAUGUAUAUUAUGCAUGCCUUGAAAACAUCUGGACUGCCAGUAAAGCAGUUUUUGAUACUGUCAUACUAAAGGCAGCAUCAGAAGAGAAGGAAAAAAAUACUGAAGCAGAAAAUGAAUCUUUGGGCUUAACUGUCUCGGGCGAUGUAACAUGGAGUAAGAGAGGCUAUUCGUCAUUGUUUGAAGUUGUCACGUUAAUUGGAAAGUAUUCAGAUAAAAUUGUGGAUUUGAUCGUCAAGUCUACGUUUUGUCAGGCUUGCAAUGAUUGGCAAAAGAAAAACGAUGAGGAAUUUGAAGCGUGGUAUGGAGGGCAUAAAAAACAUUGCGUAAGCAAUCACACUGGGAGCGCCGGCAAAAUGGAUGGUGUGAUCGAAAUGUUUGCGAGAUCUGAGACACUUCAUGAAGUCAAAUAUAUUAAUUAUAUCGGUGACACAAAAACAUUCAAGGCGCUCUUAGACAGUAAGCCGUAUGGAGAUGAACUUCCAAUUACAAAAGAAGAGUACUUUGGACAUGUAAAAAAACGUAUGGAUUUUCGACUGAGAGCCGCUAAGAGAAACAAUAAAAGACUUUGUGGUAACGGUCCUGGAAAAUUAACCGAUGCCUUAAUAAAUGACUUAUCGACAUACUACAGUAUGGCAAUAAUCCAUAAUUCUGAUUCUGUCGAUGCUAUGAAAGAUGCAAUAUGGGCUACUUUUUAUCACAAGUGCUCGACGGAUGAAAAUCCACAACAUGAUAAGUGUCCGCCCGGUGAAUCAUCAUGGUGUAAAUGGAAACAAGCCGAAGCUAAUAACGUUUUAGAAUAUGAACAUCCAGCUCCACUUACGUUACAGGUCCAAGAAGUCAUUCGAUCUAUUUAUGAGGACUUAUCGUCGGAUGAUUUAUUGAAACGAUAUGUAGAUGGUUACACUCAAAACAACGAGUGUUUCAACUCUUUGAUUUGGAGUUUUGCACCGAAACACAUAUUCUGCACAAGAAAAACUAUUGAAAUUGCAUCAUUUUUGGCAGCAUGCAUUUUCAAUGAAGGUUUUAAUUCUGUGCUUCGAAUAAUGGAAGCCAUGGGAAUUAAAAUUGGGAUGAACGCGUCAAUAAUGGCUACCAGAGAAGAUAAUAAACGGAGAAGAAACGCUGACAAACGUGCUCUACAAGCUUCGUCGAUCUGCCCGUCGGUUGGAGAUUGCAACAAAAAACGAGCUGAAUGAAGAGGAAAAGGGAGUACUAUACGGUCCUGGGACCGCCGGCUAGCUAUAAGUACUACUUAAACUUUAAACGCGUUUUUCUCGAAACGACGUUUUUGAAGUUGGUGGAAGUUCUGUACAAGUCCCAAAUCAUGCGAUCGAUAUGAUUUUGGUCUUAAAAUGUUCGGAAAUACCGCUUCUCUAAAGUAGACUAGAAUAAAGAGAAACUAUUGAAAACUUUUUGUUUAUGAAUAAAUAACUGCAACAAUUUUUCGUAAAAAUAACACAUUUUUUGUUUGAAUGACUACAACUCACUCAAAAAUUUUUGUAAUUUUUUUAUUUUAGUCUAUAUGAAGCACAAACCUCUAUAGAUUAUAAAAAAAUUUUUGUUUUUUUUCAGGUCAUUUUUCAGCCUCUAAGAACUUCCACCAGCUGGCAAUCUGCGUUUCGCCGCACACUCCGCCCACCCGGCCCGUCCAGCUUGUCUAUUACUUAAAUUGUCGUAGCGAUUUUUUUUAUGUUUAAUUAAAAUAAAUUUAAAUGUAUUCCAAAUUUUAGAAUUUUAUCUUUAAUAGUUUCUUUUCUAUAAAUUCCAAAAAAUUACCCAUUUUUCUGGCCAACAAAGUGGAAACCCCCCUUAAUGCAACCUACUUGCGACUGUUUAGAUGUUUCGCCUUUUUCGUUGGUUGUAAUGUGGAUAAAGUGUUUGAUUCCUCACUGUAAUAAGAUUCCUCGUCCAUGCUACUGUCCUCGCACGCGGUGCCCCCGUCGUCGUCCUCGCUGUCUGUCGAAGAAGCAGGGGAAGAGAGCUCGGUGGUCACCGAGAUCUGACGACGAAAUUUUUGCAGGGAUCUCUGCGAGUCUUGUGGUUGAAGUAAUCGACGGAAUCCCGAGCCACCCCAAAUCCUUCCUAUUUAUGAUAUUACAUCAAUGAAUCGUUCUUUUCAUAUAGAACGCGAAAGGAUGUUACAUAUAUCGUAUAACAACUCACCAAGUAGACCAAGUUUUGGCCUUGGCGGCAUGAGUUCAAUACCAUUCCACCACAUCACAUCCUUGCAGACCAAUUUGCCCGGACGGAGAGACGGAUCGCGUGUCACUAGUCGUGUGAUUUUUUCUGGAAAGAAGAGCUGAGGGGGCUCAAUAGCUAUUACUUCUCUAUGUGCUGUUAAGAUAUUUAACACAUUUAAUUCCUUUUCACUCCUUAUGUCUGGUACGUGUUCCUAAAAAACAAAAAAAGAAGUAGAAACAGGACCACAGGUUAUAUCACAGCUACGCGGUACUUUUAUAUUUUGUAUGUCAUAUUUAUAUAUCUCUUUUUAAAAUAGUACAUAUUUAUUUAAUAUAAUAAAAUAUAAAUAUAAUAAUAUAAUAAAAUAUAAAUAUAAUAAAAUAAAAUAUAAA